GGCACAUGCAAGGCAAUCCAGAGGUUUCACAACCAAUUUAAGCGCUUAUAUCUAUCUUAAUUACCUAUCUUUAAGUGCUGAAGGACACACAUACCCCGAGACAAACAUGGUGGAGAAAGUCGACGUCCUCAUCUGCGGAAGCGGAUCUGCAGGCCUCUGUGCUGCUACAUGGCUCGCGCGCUAUGGUAUCCGUUGCAAGGUGUUAGAACGCCGUGACGGGCCCAUGACUAUGGGUCAGGCGGAUGGGGUACAGUGCCGGACGGUGGAGAUCUUUGAGAGCUUCGGGAUCGGCGAGGAGCUGCUGCGAGAGUCCUACCAUGUCUUGGAGGUUGUCUUCUGGGCUGACAAUGGUUCCGGCGAUAUCAAACGCACUGGGCGAACAGCGGAUGUGCAGCCGGGGCUGUCGCAUCAGCCACAUGUGAUCUUGAAUCAGGCGCGUAUAAAUGGGUUGUUUAUUGAGUCUAUGCAGCGGUUCAAUAACCAGGAAAUUGAUUAUGGGUACGAUAUCAAGGAUGUCGAAGUGGAUAGUUCGCUCGUCAAUGAUCCCCAUUCGUUUCCAGUGAAGGUGACGGCUGAGAGGGAAGGGAGAAGCGAGGUCUUUGAGGCAAAAUAUGCUCUGGGGUGUGACGGAGCACACAGCACCGUGCGUCGUUCACUUGGAUAUGCAAUGAUCGGUGACAGCAGCGAUGCAGUCUGGGGUGUCAUGGAUAUGGUUCCUCGCACAAACUUUCCAGAUAUCCGGAAGAAAUCCACUAUCCGUUCCAAGGCGGGUAAUUUACUGAUUAUUCCCCGCGAGGGCGACGCCUGCAAUCUAACACGGUUCUACAUCGAGCUGCCACCGGGGACCAAGGCUAAAGAGGUCAAGCUAGAGGACCUACAACAGUCCGCCAAAGCUAUUCUUAGCCAGUAUAACAUAGAGUUUACUCAGACGGUGUGGUGGUCCGCGUACGCAGUUGGCCAACGCCAUGCGGACUUCUUUCAUAAGGAUUACCGCGUCUUUUUGGCGGGAGACGCCUGUCAUACCCAUUCCCCCAAGGCCGGCCAGGGAAUGAAUGUCAGCUUGCAGGACGGGUAUAAUAUUGGCUGGAAAUUGGCCACCGUCCUGAAAGGAUUGGCGCCGCCGUCCUUGUUAGAGACAUAUGUUCUUGAGCGGCAGAAGGUGGCUAUGGAUCUGAUUAAUUUCGACCGGUACUUCUCGAAGCUUUUUUCGUCUGCCGGGAAGGCGUCUCCUGCCGAAUUCCAGGAGGGCUUUAUCAGAUCUGGGGAAUACACCGCCGGCUUGACGGCCAGAUACGAUUAUUCUCCAAUUACUCUCGACGAGGAUGGGUUGCAGAAGCUGUCUACCAAUAUUGUGACUGGCAUGAGAUUACCCAGUUCAAAGGUAGUGCGAUUCUGCGAUUCAAAACCUGUACAAUUGAUGACAGCAUUGAAGUCUGAUGGUCGCUGGCGCGUAAUGGCUUUUGCGGGCGAUAUCAGCCAGCCUAAGAAUAAACCAAGAUUGGAUGCGCUUGGAAACUACUUAAGCUCAAAUGAGGGUCCCUUGCACCGCUUUCGUCCGAAGGAUGCCGACAUGGACAGUGUGAUCGAACCUAUCCUAGUGGGCUACGGGAAGCGACACAGCGUCGAACUGGAAGAGAUUCCCGAAUGCUUCUACCCUUUUGGGGGAAAGAAUCAGAUUAGAGAUCUGCACAAAAUAUACUUCGACGACGAAAGUUACAACAAAGGCCAUGGCCGUGUCUAUGAGCACCUCGGAAUCAAUCCAGAGAAAGGAGCCAUUGUGAUCAUCAGACCAGAUCAAUACGUCUCUGCUGUAAUUGCAAUAGACGACUACAAGCAGAUCGGCUGCUUCUUCGAAGGGUUCCUCAUUCCUCAAGGAGACCAUACCCUAUCCGAAAGUAAACGAUAGGCAUAAAUUUUAUACCAAAUGUAUAUCCGAAGUGUAUAACAUAGCCUACACGUAACA